CGGUCGUUGAGGAGGCGUUUAGGGAUUUUGCUGCAUGAGUGGGAUAGAUUCGGGAAUAGACGUUUGGUUUGUGGUGCCCUUGGAAGAAAUAACGGGGGAAAGCGCAGGACAGAGCGAACACGUGCCUUAUUCUCAGUUGUGUUGAGGAUAUUUAGAUUUCAGGAUGCCAGUUUUCCAUACCAAGACGAUAGAGAGUAUCCUGGAGCCGGUGGCUCAGCAGAUAUCUCACUUGGUUAUCAUGCACGAGGAGGGCGAAGUUGAUGGGAAAGCGAUCCCAGAUCUCACCAGCCCAGUGGCGGCAGUGCAAGCGGCUGUCAGCAACCUCGUGCGGGUGGGGAAGGAGACGGUUCAAACCACAGAAGACAAGAUUAUGAAGAGAGACAUGCCUUCGGCCUUCAUUAAGGUGGAGAAUGCCUGUGCGAAGCUUGUGGAAGCAGCUCAGAUGCUGAGGACAGACCCGUACUCUGUCCCGGCCCGUGAUUACCUCAUCGAUGGCUCGCGGGGCAUCCUCUCUGGCACUUCAGAUCUGCUUUUGACCUUUGACGAGGCAGAGGUGCGUAAAAUUAUCCGCGUGUGUAAGGGCAUCCUGGAGUACCUGGCUGUCGCAGAGGUUGUGGAAACCAUGGAGGACUUGAUCACUUACACUAAAAACCUGGGACCAGGCAUGACGAAAAUGGCAAAGAUGAUUGACGAACGGCAACAGGAGCUGACACACCAGGAGCACCGUGUGAUGCUGGUCACCUCCAUGAACACAGUGAAGGAACUGCUGCCUGUGCUCAUAUCUGCAAUUAAAAUCUUUGUGACAACCAAGUGCACUAAGAGUCACGGUGUGGAGGAGGCCUUGAAGAACAGAAACUACACGUUUGAGAAGAUGAGCGCUGAGAUCAACGAGAUUAUCAGAGUGCUGCAACUCACUUCUUGGGACGAGGACGCCUGGGCCAACAAAGACACUGAGGCCAUGAAGAGAGCGCUAGCUCUGAUAGAGUCAAAGAUGGGUCCUGCUAAAAUCUGGCUGAGGGACCCUAACGGCCUACCAGGAGAUCCAGGAGAGCAUGCUUUGCGUCAGAUACUGGAUGAAGCAGGAAAAGUGGGUGAGCUUUGUGCGGGGAAAGAGAGACGAGAGAUCCUGGGAACAGCCAAGACCUUGGGCCAGAUGACGGAUCAGGUGUCAGAUGUGCGCGCCAGAGGUCAGGGUGCCACCCCUAUGGGUAUGCAGAAAGCUCAGCAGGUGGGCCAGGGUUUGGAUAUUCUGGUGGGGAAAGUGGAGAACGCUGCCCGAAAGCUGGAGGCCCUGACCAAUGCCAAACAGGCCAUCGCCAAGAGAAUCGACACGGCCCAGAGCUGGCUGGCUGAUCCUAACGGUGGUCCGGAGGGGGAAGAGAACAUCCGUGCUCUUCUGGCAGAGGCCAAGCGCAUCGCUGACUUGUGUGAAGACCCUAAAGAGAGAGACGACAUUCUGCGUUCCAUCAGUGAGAUCGCAGGACUCACUGCGAGACUGGUUGAACUUCGUAAAAUGGGUAAAGGGGAUACUCCUGAGGCUAGAUCGCUGGCCAAACAGAUUGGCACAGCUUUGCAAAACUUGCAGGCAAAGACUAACCGUGCCGUGGCCAACAUGAGACCUGCCAAGGCUGCUGUUACCCUAGAGGGCAAAAUGGAGCAGGCUUUGCGCUGGAUCAACAACCCUGGAGUGGACGAUCAUGGAGUAGGCCAGGCUGCCAUACGGGGACUGAUAGCUGAGGGCCGUCGACUGGCGAACUCUCUACCAGGCCCGUACAGACAGGAGCUGCUAGCAAUGUGUGAGCGAGUGGAGCAGCUGAUGAUGCAGUUGGCAGAUCUGGCCGUGCGGGGAGAGGGAGAGAGUCCUCAGGCGCGCGCUGUGGCCGCUCAUCUGCUGGAGGCAAUUAAAGAUCUGAAGGCAAAGAUGCAGGAGGCAAUGACCAAGGAGGUGUCUGAUGUUUUCAGUGAUACAACCACACCAAUUAAACUCCUGGCUGUAGCAGCAACAGCACCUCUUGAGGCCCCCAACAGAGAGGAGGUCUUUGAAGAAAGGGCGUCUAACUUUGAGAAUCAUGCCAGCAGACUGGGUGCUACAGCGGAGAAGGCCGCUGCUGUGGGAACCGCCAAUAAGAGCACAGUUGAAGGCAUUCAGGCGGCCGUGAAAUCAGCCAGAGGUCUAACACCUCAGGUCACUUCUGCUGCACGCAUUUUGCUGAAGAACCCUGGCAACCAGGCUGCGUAUGAGCACUUCGAGACCAUGAAGAACCAAUGGAUUGACAACAUUGAAAAAAUGACCAGUCUUGUGGAUGAAGCCAUUGACACCAAAUCCCUCUUGGAUGCUUCAGAGGAGGCCAUUAAGAAAGACAUUGAUAAAUGCCGGGUGGCAAUGGCUAAUGUUCAGCCCCAGAUGUUGGUUGCAGGGGCUACGAGCAUUGCCAGGCGGGCUAACAGGGUACUUCUGGUGGCCAAGCGGGAAGUGGAAAACUCAGAGGACCCUAAAUUCAGAGAACUAGUCAAAGCUGCUUCAGAUGAUCUUGGUAGAACCAUCUCACCCAUGGUAAUGGCUGCUAAAGCUGUAGCAGGAAACAUCCAGGAUCCAGGUUUGCAAAAGAGCUUCCUGGACUCUGGCUACAGGAUCUUGGCUGCUGUUGGGAAAGUCAGGGAAGCCUUCCAGCCUCAGGAGCCUGAAUUUCCACCUCCGCCUCCAGACCUGGAUCAGCUGCAUGUCAAUGAUGAUCAGGCUCCUCCCAAACCGCCCCUCCCUGAGGGAGAGGUUCCUCCCCCGAGACCUCCACCCCCAGAGGAGAAAGAUGAAGAGUUCCCUGAGCAGAAAGCCGGCGAGAUGGUGAGCGAGCCGAUGAUGGUGGCGGCCAGGCAACUACACGACGAGGCCCGUAAAUGGUCCAGCAAACCUGAGGUGACAGACGAGGGUUUUGAGCCCGCUGAGGCGGAGGUAGAUAUAGACGAUGAGGAUGAAUUCACAGACAACGAGGAUGAUUAUGAGCCAGAGCUGCUCUUAAUGUCUUCCAAUCAGCCAGUUAACCAGCCCAUUCUGGCCGCUGCGCAGUCUUUACAUCAGGAGGCUCGCAAGUGGUCCAGUAAGGGUAAUGACAUCAUUGGAGCAGCGAAGCGCAUGGCGUUGCUCAUGGCAGAAAUGUCUCGUCUUGUGCGUGGAGGCAGCGGAAAUAAACGUGCCCUUAUUCAGUGUGCCAAGGACAUUGCCAAGGCCUCCGAUGAGGUCACGCGGCUGGCUAAAGAGGUAGCCAAGCAAUGCACCGACAAACGGAUUCGCACAAACCUAUUGCAGGUUUGUGAGCGUAUCCCAACUAUCAGCACUCAGCUGAAGAUCCUGUCCACAGUCAAGGCCACUAUGCUGGGACGUACAAACAUCAGUGAGGAAGAAUCUGAGCAGGCCACUGAGAUGCUCGUGCACAAUGCGCAGAACCUCAUGCAGUCCGUGAAGGAGACGGUCAGAGAAGCAGAAGCCGCCUCCAUCAAGAUCCGCACAGACGCAGGGUUCACUCUUCGCUGGGUCCGAAAGACCCCCUGGUACCAGUAAACUGAGGACUACGGUAGUUGUUUUCCAUCAGCAAUUCGCAUCCUUGCCUUUUCAAACGUCCGAAGUCUGAUAAAGGGUGGCAGGAGGAAAGGACCUGAUCCUUAAACUUUUGGACAUUACCGUUCGGUUCUAGCUUCGGGGUGACUGGUAUUACUUAUUUUUAUUUACGUGCUGGUAUUUGUACUUAGUACAUUUAUUUUGUCUUUACGGAGGCUAUUUUUGUCCUGAAAGUUUGCUGUAGUUACCUUUAUCUCACACUACAGAGGUAUAGUGUAGGAGUACACAGGAAGCAUAUUUUUUAAAUAUAUAUUUUUUGGUAUGUUGGGUUUCCAAAUUCCAGGUAUAUAUAUUUUUUGCAUGAAGAAGUUUUCUAUUUUAUAUUGGAGAAAUAUGGCAUGACGACUUAAAUGCCUCUCUCGAACAAUGUUGGAGUUCAUGAUGAAAUUUACUUUAAAUUAGUUUUUGACAAUUAAAUUUUCUUACUGAAAUUGUAUAUAUUUAUACUUAUAUUUCAUCAGAUCAUUAUCACAGAUCAUGUUUUAAUCACAAAUAUACACAAAUAGUGUUGUAAGCUUUACUUUGAUAAAAAAAAAAAGGUUUUACGACUGGCUGUUUUAAGUUAUAAUUCACUAUAAUGAACUUUUCUUAGCUUAUAUUUAUAAUGAACUUUUGCUUAGCUAUUUAUUAAACAGGAUAAUGCCUUUUUUGAUAGGCCAUGCCAUUACAGAGAUGCAUGGCACGGUUGAUGCCAAAGAUUUUGUUUUUUUACACUUACACUACAAUAUCCACAAGCUAUCAAAUAAAUGCGUAUAUCAUGUAAAACUACAGACAUGUGAAAGCUUGGAUAGUUAACACUGAAAUUAUUUUUCCUUU